UUAUAAUAUAGUAACACUGAGAACCACUGACACUCUACUCUUUUUCUCGUUCGAUAACAUUUCUUCUUUUUCUUUUUCUUUCAUGAUAAUUUGCAGACAAAUCAACAGCGAAGAACGCUUUGAGAUUGGGUAACCCUGAAGCUUAAGCUUGUAGCCAAUCAUCGAUUUCACAGGGUUUUCUUGCAAACUGGUUCAAUUCAAUUGCAAGAAACCCUACAAUGCCGGUUUCAACUCGAUCCAAGAUUUUGAACCCACAAGAACAACCCCAACAACAAUGCUUAAAGGAGAAACUGAAAGCCCUGACUCAGUUGUACGAGCACCACAAGCAAAACCUCGCUCCUUCAGCUCCGGUAGCGGCGGCGGCGCGGAAGCUUGCGUUGCCGCCGGAAAGUGGGAGCAGGAUUCUUGUGUUUGUGAGGGUGAGGCCAAUGGGGAAGAAGGAAAAGGAAGCGGGUACGAGGUGCUGUGUGAGGAUCGCGGAUCGCCGUGACGUUUAUAUUACAGAGUUUUCCACUGCGAAUGAUUACCUGAGGUUGAAGAGGGUUCGGGGACGCCAUUUCACGUUUGAUGCUUCAUUUCCAGAUUCGGCUACUCAGAACCAGGUUUAUUCCACCACAACUUCAGAACUUGUGGAAGCAGUUCUGCAAGGGAGAAAUGGAUCAGUUUUCUGUUAUGGUGCCACUGGAGCUGGGAAAACUUACACAAUGCUUGGUACAUUGGAGAGCCCAGGGGUGAUGGUGUUGGCAAUUAAGGAUCUUUUCAGUAAAAUCAGGCAGAGAAGUUGUGAUGGAAACCAUGCCGUUCAUCUGUCUUACCUUGAGGUUUAUAAUGAAACUGUGAGAGAUUUGCUUUCACCUGGAAGACCUCUGGUUCUUAGAGAAGAUAAACAGGGGAUUGUGGCAGCAGGUCUUACACAAUACAGAGCCUACUCCACUGAUGAAGUGAUGUCAUUGCUUCAAGAAGGAAAUAAGAAUAGAACCACAGAACCAACUCGUGCAAAUGAAACUUCUUCACGUUCCCAUGCUAUUUUGCAGGUUGUGGUUGAAUAUCGAGUUAGAGAUGCUGCAAUGAAUAUUAUUAACCGAGUGGGCAAGCUUUCAUUGAUUGAUCUUGCAGGGUCAGAGAGAGCUCUUGCCACAGAUCAAAGAACACUUAGGUCUCUGGAGGGUGCCAAUAUAAACCGGUCUCUUCUUGCACUAAGCAGCUGCAUUAAUGCUCUUGUAGAGGGCAAGAAGCAUAUACCAUAUCGCAAUUCAAAACUUACUCAACUUCUCAAAGAUUCAUUGGGAGGAGUUUGCAACACUGUUAUGAUUGCAAACAUAAGCCCAAGUAACCUCUCAUUUGGUGAAACUCAGAACACCCUUCAUUGGGCUGAUAGAGCCAAGGAGAUUCGAACUAAGGCAACUGAUGCAAAUGAAGAUCUAAUUCCAAUACCUGAGACAGAAACAGACCAGGCCAAGCUGGUACUUGAGCUGCAAAAGGAGAAUCGUGAAAUGCGAAUACAACUAGCAAGACAGCAAAAGAAGCUUUUGACACUCCAAGCACAGUCCUUGGCUGCAAACUCCCCAACACCACCUUCAGCUACAUCCUUUCUUUCCACUCCUCCGACUUCUGCCCAACCAAAUGAAAAGCGAAUGACCAGAAUUUCUUUCUUAGGUGCAAGCCAUUUCACUCCAGAGACUAAGAACAAGGGAGAUGAGGUAGCUGUCACUGUCAGAAUACUGCAACAAAAAGUAAAAGUCCUUGAGGCAGAAAUAGGGAGAAUGAAAAAGGACCAUAGCUUGCAGAUAAAGCAGAAAGAUGAUGUUAUUCGCGAGCUUUCAUUGAAGGGUGUGAAAAAAUUAGCAGCUGUAGGGGAAGUGGGGAAGAGAGUGGUAACAAGGUCUAGCAUAAGGCCAAAGGAGUCAAACACUGGUGAGUUGAAGAGUCCAAAUCAUCGGUUUCAAUCACCAGUACCAGCUGCCAAGAAACGAAGCUUUUGGGACAUAACUGCUGCUAACAGCCCAUCAGUUACUUCAGUGAAUGGGAGAAAAACUAGAAGUCAUGUCAUUUCUGAACCUACUGCACAUCCAUCCAUGCUUCUUCAGCCAGGAUUUGCUCGUCAAAAGGGAAAUAUUUAAAAGUGAUUUAAGGAUGGAAGAGGAAGAAGCUCAAGGACUGAACUUCUGGUGUUUUUUUUUUCACGAGAAAUACAUCGACACCUCUUCAAAUUCUCUCUAGGCUUGAACUGGUGGCUCAAAUGCAAGUGAUCAUUACAGCUUUGUGUUCUCCUCCUCUGCUCGUGUAGUUCAGAGAUAGGAAGAUAGUAUUUUAGGGUUAAUCAGCAGCAGAGGAGGGUGCUACUUCAAUUACAUACUUCAUUCACCCCUUCCUCCCCUGUAUUCCGAGGGUAUUGAAGCUUUUGAAGAAAACUCCAAAAUGAUUUAUUGUAGUUGUACAUUCAUUUUUUCUUAUUUGGUUUGAGUUGGUAAAUUAAUGUUCCAGCUCACCAAUUUAAUCUAGGUUAUAUUUAGGAACAAAGGUUUAUAAUUGUUGAAAGACCCACCGUGUCUUCUUUUCAUAA